GUCAGCGAGCACACCGUCCUGUCCAGUCUCACCUGGGAAGCCAGCCAGCCAUGAGGGUCUACUACCUUCUCUUUGGGUUGCUCUUCUUGUUCUUGCUGCCUGUUCCAGGCAAUGGCGGAAUCAUAAGCGGGUUACAAAGGUAUUACUGCAGAAGAAGAAGCGGGCAGUGUGCUCUGAUCGGCUGCCUUCCAAAUGAGGAACAGAUAGGCUGCUGUUCCCUGAGUGGCCGAAUAUGCUGCCGGAAGAAGAAAUGAAAAAUCCAGAAACAGGAGGAGAAAGUUGCAUAGUGUGAAAAUGCCUCCUUGAAGACUCCA